UGUUUUGAAUUGUAAUUAUUUUUCUAUGGAUGAAUAAACAUGUUGAGAAAAUGACUAUUUUUCAGUGUAUUUGCAGUUAAAAUUAUAAAAAAAAUGUUUUAUUUUGUUUAGUCAAUAAUUAUUAUAUCAAAAAAUAAUUUUAACAGUCGUAAAAUAGGUUAUUUUAACUCAAUUUAGUGAUUUUUCAGUAAAGACUAGUAACUAUUUUACAACUCUGGCAAUAGCACCAUCCAAUCAGAAUUUGUUCUUUGUUAGGUGAUCAGCCAAUGAGAGGCCGAGAUUAAGCUAACCAAUCGGAUUGAAGAAUAGAAGCGUUAAUAGCUUAUAUAUAGCUGUACGUAUCGUUAGUUGUCUAUUAUUUGCGCUGAUACUUUGCUGGACGUUGUUAGGUUUUUCAAGAAUUUCAAAUCGGCGAGUGACUAUUCGGUGAUAUGGCUCGUACCAAGCAAACUGCUCGUAAAAGUACCGGAGGUAAAGCCCCAAGGAAACAGUUGGCUACGAAAGCGGCCCGUAAGAGCGCCCCAUCUACCGGUGGCGUGAAGAAGCCCCACAGAUAUAGGCCAGGUACUGUAGCUCUCAGGGAAAUUAGGCGUUAUCAGAAAUCCACAGAGUUGCUGAUCCGCAAGUUGCCAUUCCAGCGUUUGGUUCGUGAAAUUGCUCAAGACUUCAAGACUGAUCUCCGUUUCCAGAGUGCGGCCAUUGGUGCCCUUCAGGAGGCUAGUGAAGCAUAUUUGGUUGGCCUGUUCGAAGACACAAACUUGUGUGCAAUCCAUGCCAAGAGAGUGACCAUCAUGCCCAAAGACAUUCAGCUGGCCAGACGUAUAAGGGGAGAGAGGGCUUAAAUUAAUGAUUUUCUACUUUUUUUAAUUUAUUUUUCUGACACUCGUUUGUGUGAAAUUUGAAAAAUAAACUGGUUUAUUUGUCAUUGAACAAUAUGUUAUCUAUAUUGUCGUGUUCUUAACGUCGUUCUUGUCGAUAUUGUAGUUGUUUUUGUAUUUUUAUAUUCAUUGAUAGUCGUCAUGUAGACUGUUCUUGUAACAGUUUCAGUCUUUAGGAUUGAUUUGCUGUAAGUGCAUGCUUAGUCGAGGUGCGACUGAUGGUUUCAAAUGAAAAAUUUGCCAUUCAUUCAUUUGUUGAAACGAAGAUGUUAGAUAAAAUAGAAUGAUAUCCCUUUUUUGUAUCGUGUUUCUGUCUAAAGGAAAUGUUUCAUGCUUGAUAGAUGGGCUGGCUAGUUUUAAUACCAUUCACAAAUUAAUUAUCUAGUUAAAAUUAGCAGCAAUCUAAGCAGGGAUAUUUUUUAUAAUUAAAUGUAUGUGUAGUUUCAUUUCAUUAUUUACUGACAGAUUAGUUGGUUUAGAUAUUUUUUGUUCGUACUGUACAUAAUAUAUAUCUUUGUAUGUAUCAUUGUAAUGAUUAAAUUAUUUAUGUGUAUGAAAAUGUACACCACAUUUGCUUUAACAAUCUCUGAAAUACUCUUAUGAGUUUGACAAAAGUUUGAAUUUUGGUAUGGAAUUUUUUAGUGCUAGUUGUGUAAGAAUUAUAUCUAAUACUAAUGUUAACUGAUUGGUGUCUUGGAGAAAUGAAUGUCGAUAAAAAUAAAUUUGUGAUAAUUUUCUGGAAAAUGAAUCUAACUGGGUUUUGUCUAAGAAACAAAAUUAUUUUAUGGCCGCUAUACCUUACGUUCUCUUUUUUUCUUUUUUUUCUAAAACGUUUGGAUCAUUAAUAAAGAGAGAUUUUAUUGAAUUAUUCUGUUCGUAAGAUUUUUAAAAUUUUAUGUUGUAUAUGCCAAAUCA